AUGAUGGACUCCGAUGACGACGAUAUCUACCCCACCAACGAGCCUACCAACGAGUCCAAGAUCAAGACCGAAGAUGAUGGCGAAGAAGAGGGUGAGGAGGUAGAAGACGAUAGUGAUGAAGAUAUCAACUUCAUAACGGACGCAAAAGAGGAACCCAAGCCAGAACCUAAAACACAGCAGAAGCAGCGACAAGCCUCGAAUGCGCAACGAUCCGGCUCCGAGCAACACCGCCGUUCGGCCUCACCUCAAUCUCAAAUUCCCACUCGCAUCUCCCAGUCUCAGUCCCGCUCCAUCGAUAUCAAGCCAGACCCGGCCGACGCCGACUCAAAGCCCGGGAGCGAAUACCCUGCGCGUCACACCUCGAAGCUCGACCCUAAUGGCAAUCCUGUGCACCCUACAACUGGUAAGCCGAUAUUGUCUACUGAUUUCGACACCGACUUCCCUGGCGACGCCACUAAGCCAUGGCGUAAACCCGGCGCAGACAUCACCGAUUAUUUCAACUACGGGUUCGACGAGUUCACAUGGGCGAGCUACUGCUUGAAGCAACAGACGAUGCCAAAACAGGUCAAGGAAAUCAACUCCGAAGCCGAGCAGAUCAAGAUGUUCGUCGAAGGCAUUGGACCCGGGGCAGGAGCUCCGAGCGGCGGGAUGUCAGGAGUGCCAACUGGUCCCGGCGGCGGUGCGGGUGCAGGGGGUGCCGGCGGCGGAAUGCAAGGCAUGCCAAGCGAGCAGGAGAUGCAGCAGAUGUUCCAGGCCAUGAUGGCGCAGGGCAUGGACCCUACUCAAAUGGAUCAGGGACAGUUCAUGCAGCAGAUGAUGGGCAUGGGUGGAGGCAUGAUGGGAGGGCCUCCGCAAGGCCCGGCUGGGUUUGGCGGUGGAGAUGGAGGCUUUGGACAGCCUGGCGGUGGUGGAGGCUAUGGCGGCGGAGGCGGAAGAGGGAGAGGUCGAAGAGGACGUGGGAAUUGGUGA